CCCACCCAAAAAAGAAGAAAAAAACCAAGAUCAUCAUCUCCUGUUCUCUCUCAAGAACGUUAGGAACGACGAUUGGCGGAUCCAUUCAUCGAUAUUGCCUUCACUUCACGGUUGUGAUCGUCAAUGGCUUCUACUGAAGGUCUUGUUCCAAUAACCAGGGCGUUUUUGGCUUCUUACUAUGACAAGUAUCCUUUUUCCCUUCUACCCAAUAAAGUCUCUCGUCUUACAUCUGAACUUCGCUCUUUAGCUGAUGAUUUAUGCUUGCAAGAAUUUUUGCCUCUUGAUGAAGAGGAAAGUUUGUUGGCAAUUGAAGCUAAAGUGCAGGCUCCACGUAAGACUGAUGAAAACUUUUGGAAGAACAGAGAGCAAAUUGAAGAAAUUAUAUUCUUGUUAGAAAAAUCUAAUUGGCCUGAUCUGGUUAGAAAGCAAGGUAGUGCAGAAGAAGUUGAGUUUGCUGGUCUGUUUGGAAGAUGGAAAGAAAAGUUUCAGAAGACUUUAAACACAUUGCAGUUCUUCCAAUCUCGAAAUUCUGAAUCUGUAUUCAAUACUGUUAUGACCUACAUGCCCCAGGAUUUUCGAGGUACUUUGAUUAAACAGCAGAGAGAGCGGUCUGAGAGGAAUAAGCAAGGUGAAGUUGAUGCCUUGGUUAAUUCUGGUGGUAGUAUUCGCGAACGUUAUGCAUUGCUUUGGAAACAACAAAUGGAGAGGAGGCAACAAUUAGCUCAACUUGGUUCUGCCACUGGUGUCUAUAAAACCCUUGUGAAGUAUCUAGUUGGAGUGCCACAGGUGUUACUUGACUUUAUUCGACAAAUAAACGAUGAUGAAGGGCCUAUGGAAGAGCAGAGGCAGCGUUAUGGACCUCCUCUUUACAGCCUUACAAAGAUGGUGAUCAAUAUUCGAUUUCUUCUUGCUCUGUCAUGGCGUCGAUUUGAAGCUAGAAAAUUACAGAGACAGCAAAUAACUGUUCUGGAAGAAGCAAUUGAAGUGUAUACCACUGAGUUUGAAAGAUUUGUAGAAUUUCUUGGUGAGGUCUUUGCCAAUUCCCCAUUCUUUAUAACAGCAGAAUCUGCUGGAGCAAUGGGAGGAGAGAAGAACACUGAAUAUAAAGAAAUAAGUGUUGCAGCAAGAAGAACAUAUGAGGUUUCUUUGAUGGUGGAAACUGUAAAGUCUUACAUUACUUGGGAUUUCUCUUUGGUACCGGGAAAAAUCAACUUAGAUAUAGGAUUCAGCUUGGAGUACAUAGAUUCUUCAGGACAGAAGAUGGUGAUCUUGCCAUAUAAACGCUGCGAAUCCGACAAGGGAAAAUUCUGCACAUGUAUGGCUGGAAACUAUAAACUCGUAUGGGACAACUCUUACUCAACUUUCUUUAAAAAGGUUUUACGCGUCAAAGUGGACUGUAUACUCCCAGUUUCGGAUUCGGUUUCUUCAGAAGCAACAGAAUCACUAUAGUGGUUAUAUAUAUUUACUAUUAAGAUGUCUAAUUGAUUUCUCAGAUUCAAAGUGGAAUUAAAUGAUGUAUUAUAAAUCUAUAUGCAUUCUAAAAUGUGAUGUUUUCUCCUAUUCUUUGUUCAUUUUGUUUUUAGCUUUUAGUUUGGACUUGUAGUGGGUGCUCAGAUUUUUUUCUAAUGAAUUUGUGUUUGAAUGUACUUAUUAAUAGGAUAAUGAUAUU